AAUUAUUUUCUAGUUUUACGACUUUAAUGCGAUAAGAAUAAUAAAUAUGCAAACAUUUUAUGUUCUUCAAACAUGACUGCCCAGUUGAUUAUAUUAUGUUCUAUUUUGUUUAUAUGUGUAAAAGAGGAUGCAACAAGUCCAUUUCAAAGCCUUGACAAAAAGUUUCACUUGGUAUCUGAAUCGUAUCAUAUGGCCAAAACUUUAUUUAUACAAGGAAGAAAUAAUUACGAUCAGCUAAAAGAGAGAUCAUUAAAUGCGACGAAUAUGUUUCUCGACUUAGUUGCAAUAUUAAACGAUUUAAUGGCAAAAGAAUUGAGAAGUGCUGUUGUUAAAUUUUAUAAAAUAAAAUUUUUACACGAUUUCUCCAAUUAUAUUAUACAUAUGGAUGAGAUAAUUGAUAUAGUGGAUCACUGUCUCAUAGAACCUGUUGAGAAAAUAAAAUUUAUAAGAAACCAAUUCUAUGGGUUGAUAAAGAAUUUCGAAGACUCAAGACAUUUUGAUACAGUCGAUUUAUGUUACAAUGAAUUACCUGAUGAAGUUGCUGUUGUGCACUGUAUUCUUCAUCAAGCUGUUUUGUUUAAUGAAACUUUGCAAAAUUCUCUAGUUUCUAUUCUGGAGAUUAAAACUAAACAGUGUGCACAAGACGUUAAUUCAAGUUUACAUGCGGUGCAAGAGUGUCUCCACCAGUUUGUCCCUAACUUCUUUGACCAACUUCUUGUCGAUGCCUAUUCAGAAAACUGUGAAUAUUUAAAAGUUGUUAACGCUUCAAUGUUUGAUUUUACAUCAGAGAAGUGGAGGAACAGCUAUCAGACGUUAUUUCCCCAGAAAUGGGGAACUUUAGUUAAUAUUCUAAAGACAAAGUUACAAUCAGCAAAUGAAAAUAUACAGGAGCCUUUGUAUAUGACUGUUUUUUCCGCUAAUAUUUCAUCACAUGAUAUUGUUAAAGCUCUUUACAUAUAAAUAUGUGUGAAACUUUUUUUUUUGUAAUCACGCAAAUAAUCAUAUUAAUUCAAUACGGUUCGUAAGUAGGUAUAUCAUAAUACACCUACCAAAAAUCAAAAUGUAGAAAAAUAUAUUGCCAAAGGAAAUGAUUCCUAUACGACUUACGAUUCAAAGUCCUAUAUAUCCUAUAGGUACUCUUUAAAUAAUUUCAGAGGCAAGCUAUAACUAUUAUUUGCUAGAUUUUUCGCCAUUCAUUUUUAGUAUACACUUAUGAGCGUCAGUAAAAAAUGUUAAGGGUUCUAAUUUUAAAUACGGCCAGUUAACUGGCAAAAACUCUAUGCACACUUACAAAAUGUUAGAACGCCCCUACAACCAUUAGGUAAAUCAUGUUCCAGAUGUUGAAAUAGUUAAGAAUUGUAAUAAAGCAAAUAAAUAAUAAAAACAAAUGUAUCACGACUCACAUUACUGUGAGAACAGGACGAAAACACAAAAGCAAAGAAAUAUUAAUAUAAUUAGUAUUAAGUACAACCAGUCGUAGGGACAACCAGACUCAUGGACGCCACCACAAUCAACGACUUUUAAGGGGAGAGUAUGACGGUCCUGUAACUAUGAGGUCGAGCUAAUGAAUAAAAAAGAUUCAUAAAACAAUA